AUGUUGAGAAAUCUAACUUCGCUUAGAUCUUGCCUGAAUAAUCCGCUCAAAGUAAUUUCAGUACCUCAAUCGCGAGAUCUUUGCUCAACGAUGUCCAGUGAGAAGAGCAAGAAGAUAAGCGAAUCGUUCGUAAACCGGGUCAAAAGCAGACUGUCAUCUUUCAAUCCCCAGUUUUUAUUCAAAAGAGGAGAGAUAGACGUAUUACAUUCGCCUGAAAAGUUUUAUGAAACCAUUAAAAGUAAGAUAGCCUCUGCAGAGGACAGAAUUUUUCUCGCCUCUCUUUACGUUGGGACGAGCGAAGAGGAACUCAUCGAUUGUUUGUCAAGCGCAUUGAGCCGCAACAAAAAGCUGAAAGCAUACUUUCUUCUGGAUGGCCUAAGGGGAACACGCGAGUCGCCGAAGGCCUGCUCCGCUUCUCUCCUAUCGAGACUAGUGGACGAACAUGGAGAUCGCGUAGACUUUAGACUUUACAGAACGCCUGCACUGACAAGACUUAAGGAAGCACUCAUCCCACGCAGAUUCAACGAAGGUAUAGGUCUGCAACAUAUGAAGAUUUAUGGUUUUGAUGACGAAGUUAUUUUAUCUGGGGCAAAUCUUUCCAAAGAUUACUUCACAAAUCGACAAGAUCGCUACUACUGUUUCAAAUCCAAAAGCUUUGCCGACUAUUUUUUCAUGCUGCAUCAGCUAGUGAGUGGCGUCAGUUAUAAGGUUGCCUUUUCAUCUAGCGAAAAACGAUACAAAACGCUGUGGCCCUCUAGUAAUUUAGCACCGGAACCAAAUUCUGAUCAAAGUGCAUUUUACAGAGAAUGCUCGAGGCUGUUGAGCGACUUUCUUGAUAAGGCUAAAGGAGAUGAAAUGAUCGAAUCUGGCUCGUCUCUCUACCCUACAAGUGUGUUCCCAAUAUCUCAAUUUACGCCUUUGUUUGAGAAGCGUAAAGAUCUCUCUACUGAAAAACGCUCAAUUCUUACAGUUUUGAGCGAGAUGAAAGAUCAGUCUAUAAAUUGGACCUUUACUGCUGGAUAUUUUAACAUGCUACCAUCUAUCAAGACCCUCCUCUUGCGUUCUCCUUCCGAGUUUGGCAAGGUUAUCACAGCCUCUCCACAUGCCAAUGGGUUUUUCGAAUCAAAAGGCGUUUCUAAACAUUUACCAAACGCUUACCUGUAUUUAUGCCAAAAGUUCCUCAAGGAUGUCGAGAAAAGUGGCAAAAACAAGCACAUAGAUGUUUUUGAGUGGAAAAAAGGAAUUGUGAACAAACCCGGCGGCUGGUCAUAUCACGCUAAGGGCAUCUGGCUAUCGGAAAGUGAUUUAGACGAUACAAGACCUGCUCUUACGAUUAUAGGCUCCUCGAACUAUACAAGGAGGGCUUAUUCUUUGGAUUUAGAAUCCAAUGCUCUAAUAAUUACAAAUGACUCCGAUCUCAGAGGAAAGAUGCAAGACGAGAUAGAUAACAUUAUGACCUAUGCCUCCAAAGUGACACUUGAAGAUUUUAAAACAGAGGAGGAGCGACGUAUAAGCACGGGUGUAAAGAUGGCGACGUCCCUUUUAGGUAAAAGGCUGUAA